AUGACAAAAGCAGCGGCAUCUCUCCAGAGGCCGCGGCAUGACAGCUCUGGAAGAGAUGCCGCUGCUUUUGUCUGCCUCAAGCCACAUCAUACUGAUUGUUCGCCUUUGUUACAGCAACCCGCUAGCCGUAACGCUCCUUUCCUGCACCAUUGCGACAGAAACAUGAUGAAGCUGAGAGACCUUGAAAACGCUCUCCAGGAAGUGAGGGUGUUUGAGAGUCCUAUUGCCGAGCUCGAGCAGUAUCCGACGUCCGCGCACCUCGCAUCCCAAGUUGUGCACAUGAUGGAUUCAACUUUUGACGAUAUUCACGGUAAAGCAGUAUGUGAUCUAGGCUGCGGAACUGGAAUGCUAGCGAUUGCCGCAGCGUUAAGUGGCUCUCCUUUCGUACUCGCCGUAGACGUUGAUCCUUCGGCUGUCACAAUCGCUGCGGAAAACGCGAAGAAUACUGGCGUAGCUGAUGAGAUGCAAUUUUGUCUCGCCGAUAUUAUUGAUGGGGAGUUUUUGUCUGCUCAUCCAAAACGGAAGCCGUUUGAUACUGUGAUUCUGAAUCCCCCAUUUGGAACAAAACGAAAAGGCGUGGACAUAGCCUUUCUGCAAACUGCCAUGCAGGUAUCAGGCGGUGCAGUCUAUUCUAUGCACAAGACCUCGACGAGACCUUACAUUUUGAAGAAAGCAAAGCAGUGGGGGGCGGACGCAAAGGUCCUCGCGGAACUGAAGUUUGACGUAGGUCGAAUGUACCAGUUUCACAAAUCGAACACCGUUGACAUUGAGGUUGAUUUUUGGAGGAUAGACGCAUCGUGCAUCCAAGACGAUGCGCAAUUCGAACCUGUACACGUCGCACCACCAGACAAGAUCCCUCACCCUUCACCGGGGAGAUUCCCGAUAUCUACCCGUAGGAAGGGUAGACGUAAACACCCAAACCGUCGGUGA